UUGGCCCCUUCUCUCCCCUUCCGUCCCACCAACUGGAAAUCGUGAAGACGAGGAACCUCCUUCCUCAACCGCGAAAAUUAGGGUUCUUUUUGAAACCCUAGAUUUGGAUCGACCCGAUCCAUGGAUGAAGAAGUAGGAGAGGGAGCUUUGGCCUUGGUCGAGCCCCAUCCCUCCGACGAUGAGCACACGCAGCCGGAGGCCGUCGAGGUCGGCCUAAGACAAUGCGACCAGGCGGAGGGCGGAGUCGAAGCGGGCUAUUCGCCCGUAUCUAAGAGUUCCUCCCACGCGUUGCCCCUUUCCGGAUUUGAUGCGGGUGCGCCGGUUCUUAUCGAGGCGCCGGAGGCCCUAGCCGAUGCUAGUCCUGCUUGUGAUGGUGGCGCCAAGGAUGGGCGGGUGGAGAUGAUCGAUGUGGAUGGCAUGUCACAUCCUCAGAGCGAGCAGGCAUCUGAUUGUGUGACUGAGCUAUCAGUGCCCCAGGGCUCCCUUGCUUCGCUAUUUGACGAAGGAGCUGAGAAAGCUAUCGCCUUUGAGGUUGAUUCUCCCAACACCGCUGUGGAUGAUGCUGAUAUCCUUCAAGAGGAGGGAAAGACAGAGAACAAUCAUAUUCUGCAAUCUCAUAAAGGGAAGAACAGCGAGCAUGACGAGAUUUUUAUGUCUCAGGGCCCACCUGAUGCGUCCAACUGUGAUCUUGAUGGAAGUAAUUCAAGCAUCCCCGCCUCAGAGGCUGCCACGAUCAUCAUUUCCAGCCAUGACACCGCUCCUGUUGUUUCGUCAGAUAUGGAUGUGUCAAACAUGGAGGUGGAUGCAGCUACGAGUUCUCAGCAUUGCAAGGACAGUGUCCAGGGAGAAGUAAUUCAUUCUCAAGGAUCAUCUUCUGUUCUUUCCUUCGAUUCUGAUGUCCCGAAAUUUGCAGCCUAUGUAAGUGAUAAUGUCACUACUGCCACAGGGAAUGCUGAUGUUGUGGAAGAGGUAGUUUUAAAAACUGAUAUGGAUAGGUUGCCAGUUUCUGAAUUACUACAAGGGAAGGAGGAGGACAGUAUUAAGGAGGCGUCUUCUGUGCCUCAGAGCUCUUAUGCCGUGCCUUCUUCUGGUUUUGAUGGUGAUGUUUUGAACUUUGAUGCCACUGAGAUUGUUAAUGUUCCCACCACUACAGUUGGUGAUGGUGCUGUUCACUUAGCAACGGUGAAGAUGGAUGUUGAUACUGCACCAAUUGUGGCAGGCGAGCAGGUUGCUUGUGAAGAAGCUGAUGUUUUGAUGUGUGUACCAUCAUCCUCCAUUAGUGAUAGUGUACUUCAGAAAGUAGCGUCAUCUGUGCCUAUCACUGCUGCUCAACCAGGUGAUAAUGGUGGUAUGAAAGUGGAUAUGACAUUCACAGAUAUGGAUAAACUGGACAAUGUGACACUUCCCAUAUGUGAACAGAUGGAGGAUGUUGUGGUGGCAGAUAUUUCAUUGUCCAAAGAUUCAUCAUCUGAGUUUCCCUUUGAUUUUGAUAGUGGACUUCAGAACAUUACCACACUUGAGCCUGAUAUGACCACCAUUUCACGUGACAGUGCUGAUGUUGUGGGUGAUGAAGCAACACAGAUGGAUGCAGAUGCAGAUGCUGAUGCUGAUGCAGAUGCAGAUGCUGAUGCAGAUGCAGAUGCAGAUGCUGAUGCUGAUGCUGACGAUGCACCAGCUGUUGCCCGAAGAGGUGGACGAAGGAAGAGGGGUCGACCAUCAAGGACUCAAGUUGUUAAAAUUUCCUCAAAGCAGAAAGAAGAUGAAGAGGUGUGCUUUAUUUGCUUUGAUGGAGGUGAUCUUGUAGUUUGCGAUCGUAGGGGUUGCCCAAAGGUGUACCAUCCUUCGUGUGUCAAUCGAGAUGAGGCUUUUUUCCGUGCAAAAGGUCGUUGGACUUGUGGUUGGCAUAUAUGCAGUAGCUGUGAGAAAAGUGCUCGCUACAUGUGCUUUACCUGCACAUACUCUUUGUGUAAAGGGUGUAUGAAGAACGCUGGGUUUAUUUCCGUUAGAGAAAAUAAAGGGUUCUGUGAAGCUUGCAUGAGCACUGUGAUGCUGAUAGAGACAAAGGAAAACGGGCAUGGACAAAUGGUCACAAUUGAUUUUGAUGAUAAAAGUAGUUUUGAAUAUUUGUUCAAGGACUACUAUUUGACUCUGAAAGCAAAGUUGUCAUUGACACUCGAUGAGUUAAUGAGUGCUAGAAAUCCAAUCAAGAGAUCUGAUGUUGCCAUACUAAAUGAUGAUUCUGGUAAAUUGCUUAAUCCUAAAGAACAGCAGGUGGCAUCUUCAGACAGCUCUUCAGACCAUAAAGAAAGAACUUCUAGGAGGAAAAUAAGGAAAAGAACUAACAAAUUUAUCAAGGAGGAAGGGUCAGUAAAAUUAGAUAAUGCAGGAUCAGUAAAGGUAGAUAAUGUUGGCACAUCUGCCUCCAGGAAUUCUGAAUGGGCUACAGAUGAACUUUUGGAGUUUGUAGCACAUAUGAGAAAUGGUGAUACAUCUGCUUUAUCCCAGUUUGAUGUUCAGGCUCUUUUGCUUGACUACAUAAAAAAACAUAAUCUUCGUGAUCGCCGUCGAAAAAGUCAGAUUGUUUGUGAUUCAAGACUUGGAAAUCUUUUUGGGAAGGAGCGUGUGGGGCACUUUGAAAUGCUAAAACUUCUCGAGUCACACUUCAUCAUAAAAGAGGUAUCAAUGCUAGAUAGCGAAGACAAGCAAGGAGGCGUAGUAGAUCCUGAUCCUGGACCGACGGAUGCUAAAGCAAAUAGUGAUCCAUCCACAAAGUUAACUCUUGAUAAGAGACGCAAGGCUCGGAAAAAGGUGGAGGACAAGGAACUUCUAAACAACCUUGAUGAUUAUGCAGCAAUAGAUGUUCACAACAUUAGCUUAAUGUAUCUGCGCCGCAAUUUAAUGGAGAACUUGAUUGAUGAUGAUGAAUUUGAGGAGAAAAUAAUUGGAACCUUUGUAAGAAUAAGAAUUUCUGGGUUGGGACAACGGCAAGAUAUGUACCGGUUGGUACAAGUUGUCGGUUCGGGCAAAGCUACAGAACCGUACAAAAGUGGAAAGAGGACAACUGAUGUAACUCUUGAGAUACUAAAUUUAAACAGGAAGGAGAUUAUUACGAUUGAUAUCAUCUCGAAUCAGGAGUUCACCGAAGAGGAAUGCAAACGUUUAAGACAGAGCAUUAAAUGUGGGUUUAUUGGGCGACUAACAGUGGGAGAAGUUCUGGAGAAUGCAAGGUCUCUCCAACAUGUAAGAGUAAAUGAUUGGUUGGAAAGUGAGAAAUCAAGGCUUGGUCAUCUUCGUGAUCGUGCUAGUGAAAAAGGUCGUCGAAAAGAGCUUAGAGAAUGUGUGGAAAAGUUGCAACUGUUGAAUACACCUGAAGAGCGUGACCGUAGGCUAAAUGAGGUCCCUGAUAUACACACCGACCCACGUAUGGAUCCAGACUUUGAGUCUGCGGAGGAAGAAGAGUCAGAUGUGGGGAAACAUGAUUUCUAUGACAAGUCAAGAGGAUCUUCCUUCACUAGGAAUGGGAGGGAUGUAAAGUCUCCUGGAAAAGGAGGUUCAACUGAAAACUGGAAUAGUUUCCGGAAAAACUCGAACUCUUGGGAGUCAAACAGAAGUACACAAAUCCAAGUUGGGUCUUUGUCAGAUUCCUUUUCUGGGAGACGCGCUGAUGCAACUGAUUUUUCUUUGAACAAGUCUAGUGACAUAGUCCGACCAGUUAAUUCUGAGGCUCCAAGAAACCAUGCACUUGGAAGUGGGUCGGAUGGCAGUCUGUACAAUGAGAAACAUCUUUCAACAAUACAGUUAACUGAGGGUUCACUUGGUUCUCAAAAAGCAUCUUUCCCAGUUGGAGUUGUGACAAAAUCAAACCCAAGUGAAUCAGAAAAGAUUUGGCACUAUAAAGAUCCGUCUGAAAAAAUCCAAGGACCAUUUUCAAUGAUUCAAUUACGUAAGUGGAGUACGACUGGUUACUUUCCUCCUAAUUUGAAGAUUUGGAGAACUUCUGAUAAGCCAGAGGAUUCUAUAUUGUUGAGUGAUGCACUGGCUGGGAAAUUUGAGAAAGACUUACCGGAGUGGGAACCUCCCUCUAAGAACACAGACCAGUCAGUUGAUGUUUCCUCUACUCCAUUUAAUGCGGAAGGAAAUUCAGAAAGCAUUAAGAGAGGAAGUAAUAUUUCUAAUUUGCCUGAUAGCACACAAAAUUUGACACUUUCUUCCUGGUCAUCUACGAAAAUGGAUGUCUCUGCUGGGGCAUCAUCAAAUGAUGCCAAUAUUAAGAUUGAACUAGGGCAAAGACAAACCAAGGCAAUUGAGUCACAGUCUAGUAGUCAGUAUUAUGUAAAUUCUCAUCUCAAUAGGAGCUCUACAAGCAAUCAAUUAUCUAGUACACAAAUCUCACUAAAUGAGUCGUAUCAGUUGAGAGAGGAUUCUUCCAAUGUGCUUACUCUGACUUCACAACCAAGUAGCGAAGGCUGGUCGAAUGUCAAAGGCUUUGCAAACAAACAUAUGCCAAAUGAUACUUCUGACCAUGACAAGGCUUCAGGCUGGGUUACGACUACAAGGGGGUCAGAAGAAACAGUGUCUUUAAGAAAUACCACAAAUUCAUCAACAGAGUUGGGCACGGGCUCUGCACAGUUUGUGCAUGAUCAAACUGUUAAAGAUGGUGGAAAAUCUCUUCCUGUUGCAUCUGCACCAGCACCUGAAAUGAAGUUGCACCAGAUCCAGCAAGGAGCAGCAGCAAAUGAGACAAAUGUUUCUGAAUAUAAUCAAGUAACCUCCUCUCAGUUGUCUGACAAGAAUCGUAUUCUUCUCUCACACAAUCAAAAUGACUCUGGUAAACAUUUGCUGGCAAUGCAAAUGCAAGGUAGAUCAUCUGAUGGUAGUGGACCGACUACUGAUUCAGUUGCUCGUGCCCAAAUUGUGGCUUCCCAAAAGUCUGAAGCACCUGAUCUUAGUACACACUCAAUUGAUACAGCUAGAAAAUUAUUUGUUCAAGCAGAUGCUUCAGAAUCUAGCUUAAGUCAGAGAUCACAAGCAUCAGUAGCUCCAAAUCCUGAGCGUAUGAAUUCCGCAAACUUUGAAGUUCCAAUAUACAUGAACAACACUAAUAAUCAAAUGCCAUCGUCAAACAUGACACCUUAUGGUUGGAGCCCUGUUCCAAAGUCUACUGCAGCUACCGUUGAUAAUACUCAAUUACUCUCUUCUAACAGUUCUAAUCCACCAUCUUCUCAGUUUGGAUCUAACAAUAUUGUACCAUCACAACAAACGCAAUUGGGUUUUGUUAAUGGAUCAAAUAUCCAGAACACAGCUUUUCCAGUGGCUUCACAAAACCCAACCACAAAUCCAGUUUCCACACAAGCAACUGGAAGUUGGACACCAGUGCCUCAGGGAAACAUGAAUGCUGGCUGGGGAAUGGUAGCCCAAAACAAUAUGAGCAUGCCCUGGAGGCAGACCACACAAACAGUUGCAGAUUUUAACAUGGGUUUGGGAGUUCAAAAUCAGGUAAAUCCAAUGGUGAACCCUGGUUGGGUAGCUCCUCCACAAGGAAACACAAAUAUGAGCGCAGGGUGGGCGGCCCCAGCACUGGGUAAUGCAAAUCAAACUCCUGGAUGGGCAGGUCAAUUGCAGGGAAAUUUGGCCGUGCAUCCUGUUUGGGCUAUGUUUAUGCCAGGGCAGCCAAACCCUAGUCCUGGCUGGGUAGCUACUGUACAGCCAAACACAAACCACAUUUUGGAAACAUCUGCACAAACAAUGAACAUGAAUCCUGCUUGGGGACCAGGGCAAGGGAAUAUUAACCCGGGGCAAGGAAAUAUUAACCCAUCUACGAAUCAACUAGUUGGUAAUCCUCAUAGCUUUGGUAGUCAACCACCACAGACUGGAGACCUGCAAUCAGGCCAAGGCGAUAACUCAAGGGCCAACGACUCAAGACAACCAAAUCCAAGGUCAUCAUGGAACAGGACGCAAUCUGGAGGAUCAUUAGCUCCCCCAAGAGGAAACACAACCAUAUGCAGGUUCUAUGAGAACGGGCACUGCAGGAAGGGUGCAUCAUGCAACUAUUUCCAUUCAUGAUUCGAGAAAGGAUCUAAAGCAUCUUUAUCUUAUCUUGUUUUGUUUAGAUCUAUUUCUGUAUGCAUUUAAGUUGUAUUUUGUGAUGCAUGUAGAACUUAAACGAAGCUGAAAGAUCCAUUACUACCCACCCUUUAAUUGAUGUUCAA